AUGGCUUCUGUUCCUCUUCUCAGGCUCGCCGUCGUCCCACCAUCUCCCAAAACCCUCACAGCGAAACCCUUAUUCCUCCGGCACACUCCAUUCCGGCAGCAAUCGCUUCCUCGGCUCACCCCCAGGCGCAAGCCUCCUAUUGUCACCUUGGCGUCCUAUAGCCCGACGCCGGCGGCGGACCAGCUGAUCGCGGCGGCGGCCUAUUGCCUCCCUUUCUUCAACGGCCUGCAGUACGGGCGCUACGCCUUCGUCCAGUACCUGGCACUGGAACACGUCUUCGAGCCCCUGCUCCCCGUCGUCUCCGCCUACCGCUCCGUCCCCUUCGCGAGCUUCGCCGCCUUCUUCGCCCUCUACCUCCUCCUCGUCCGCAACCCCAACUUCGGCCGCUUCAUCCGUUUCAACGCGAUGCAGGCCGUCGUCAUGGACGUCCUCCUCGUCCUGUCGCUGCUCGUCCAGCGCGUCUUCACGCCCGGCAGGGGCAUCGGGUUCAAGAUCUUGAUUGUCGGCUACAACUGCAUGUUCGCGCUCCUCGUCGGCUGCUUCCUCUACUGCCUGGCGUCCUGCGUCCUCGGCCGGACGCCUUACCUGCCGUUCGUUGCGGAGGCCGCCGACCGGCAGCUGUAACUGCGGCAGAUCGGAGAGGCUUGUGGCCGUCAAACCUAGGUUU